GCCUCUGGGUCUCAUAGCUCUGAAGACUUUCAAGCAAGAUGGAUUCGACGUCACACUAUACGAGGGUCGGUCCUGGGUAGGAGGCUUGUGGAAGCCUGAUGCAGACGAAGCUCUGUCGGCGCUCAAAACCACGCAGUUCAACUCCAGCAAAUACAGGUCCGCCAUUCCUGAUUUUCCUAUGUCCGAGGAAAUGGAUGACUUUCCCACCGCGGGUCAACUUUACAAGUACUUCAACGACUAUGCCCAGCAGUUCGAACUAUGGCCACACAUACGUCUGAGUACCAAGGCUACAGAGCUAUCGUGGAACGGUACGAAAUGGUCUUUGUCGACUGUCAAGAAUGGCCAGUCUCGACCAGUCGAGCUUUUCGACAAGAUUGCCUUAGCGACCGGAUCUUUUACGAAACCGAAGUUUCCCAAACUCGAUGGCAUCGAACUCUUCGAAGGACCUGCUGAGCACUGCGUCAAGUUCUACGACCCCGCGAAGUACAAGAACCAAACAGUGCUGAUAGUUGGUCUCCAUGCGUCGGCUCAGGACACAAUUGCUGCUCUCGCGGGUCAUGCUACCAAAGUAUAUGUGGCCCAUCGCUCAGGCCUAACUCUCCUACCGCGAUACAACACAGACGGAUCAGUCUUCGACCGCUUGCCGUCGUUGAAUUUUACGAUUUUCCUGGUCUAUUUGUCUGGUCUUUUCCCGGCUUUGCAUACGUGGAUGAUGGAUUUCCUUCUCAAUAUGAUGUCAAAGAAGGCCUAUCCCAAUCAACAUGCGAGCUGGGGUCUGAGUCCUGCUCCUUCUUUCGCUGUCACCACUCCUCUCAUUGCUUCCGCGAUCUGGCCUCAUCUGGAAUCUGGAUUAUGCGAACCAGUGGCGGCUGUCAAGCGUUUCGUAGGACCGAAGAGCGUUGAACUUUCGAGCGGCCGGAUACUAGAAGAAAUCGCCUCAGUGAUUUACUGCACUGGCUACGACGCCGAGGUACCCGUAAAGUUGCCUGCGGAAAUCGAGCCAUACCCUGUGCCAGGAGAGGCAUCGAGUUAUUAUCGCCAUAUGUAUCCGAUCCAUCCGGACCCUCAGCUCCGCAACUCGAUUGCUCUCUGUGCGCACGGAGCUUUCGCACUUCCAGGAUUUAGCCAAUUCUUCGUUCAAAUCAACGCCAUCUCCCAGAUAUGGCUGGGCAACUCAUCACUCCCUAGCCUGACAGAGAUGGAAAGCUGGAGACAAAAAUACAGAGCUUGGCGUUCGGCUGUGGCCAAGAAGUAUCGUGCUCAAUCGACAUUCUACCCAUUUAUGGUGCCGAUGGCAGACUAUGCAGCCUGGUUAGAUCGCACCGCAGGUAUCGGCAUCAGAGAACAUUUUGGCGUGGUAGGGAGAUGGGUGAACUGGUGUGCAUGGAAGAUGUGGUGGCAGGAUCGGGAACUGUAUAAUAUCUGUCAGAGCGGAAUGACCUCGCCGGCCAUAUAUGCACUGUUUGAUGUGGGCAAGAGACCAGCGUGGCCAGGGGCACGUCAGCAAAUUUUCGCCGACAAUGCCGCGGUGCAGCGACAGCAAGCAACGAGACAGGCUGCUAUGAUGAAGGAAGGUAACAAGAGUGAGUAA